AUGAACGACUUGCUGUCGAGUGAAGAGCUGAUGUUCAAUAGUACAGCAGACGACUUAUACAACAAUUUGUCAAAAUCUAAGACGGUCGCACGCGAUAAAAAGAAAAGUUGUUGCCUUGGACAAUUGCUUCUUCUUAGUCUCGUGGUCUCAAGUGGUUUAAUAUACCAUAAAAGAUUUUAUACAAAUAGAAAAAUUCAAGCAAAACACUACCGUGUCGCUCACUGCGUGACAGGCAUUCCGCGAACGUUUUACAAAGAAGAAAUUUAUAUUGCAUAUCGUCGGCAAGCACUGAAUCAUCUUCCAGGUGAUGUUUUCCUUAUUCUUCAAUUAUCCAAUAAAACGGAAGAUGUCCAGCGAACAACUACUAAUAAAAACGAACGCGAACUAUAUAAAUCGGCGAUAGCAUAUCUUUCACCACGAAAAAUUGAAUGGAUUUCCAUUGGUAAUCAUUUGGGCGCUGUUGAAGAUACCGGUGGUAUGGCAAAAUGGAAACGUUGUUUGGAUCAUAUCGAACAAACUGAGAAAGAGAAUCAUUUUCAAUACGAUUUCAUAGUUCGAACGCGUCCUGAUAUAUUUAUUGCAAAAGAUUUACCAACAGCAGAUCUUCUACCGCGCGAUCGAAUAUUAAUAAAUCCAUAUUACGAAUGUUUGCAUGAAGAUAUCUUAUCUGGUUACACGCAGAAAUGGUCGGAUGUUGAACCUCCGUGUAAUAAGAAGAAUUAUGGUCUAUCAGAUCUAUUUGCUAUUUUACCACGAAAAUUAGCAGAUCCUUAUUUGAAUAUUGCAUUUACUCCCAAUCUACCACAUCAUAUUUGUGGCGCAGCUUCCGUGCGUGCGGAGUGUUCAAUACGAGCCGCACUCUACAAAGCGAAUAUAACGUUUGAACUGUGGCCUUUUGUGGUUAGAAUCGUACGACCUACACCGGUUUGCCAACUCAGAUCGUGGAAUCAUUUUAAUAGCUGGUGUUAG